AUGACAGACUCGAAGGCUCUCGACCAAGUCAGCAUGGACCUCGACGACCUGUUGCACCGCACCGACAUUGUCGAGCAGCGAGUGAAGGAAGAGGUCAAGCAACACGUGGACGGGCCAGUAGGUCCCGCCGACCUGCGCGGGUAUCAGGAGCAGCUACUGCUGAAGCUGCGGGCUAUUCGAGACACGAUGCAAAAGGACGACCCGUGUCUCGACCAGGUGCGCGAAGAACGGGACGACGCCCGUAGAGAGCGCGAUGCUCUACAGACGCAGGUGGCGAAACUCACGUAUCGUGUGCACCACCUGAAACAGCACGUUCGACCGUAA